AUUUUUUUUUUUUUUUCCGGCCGGCUGGUGUUUCGGCUGGCCGGGUGGGGGAGCGUUUGGCGGUCGGUAACCCAAAAACCCAACAAAGCCAGGUGUAGGGUGCCUGUAAAGCUGUGGAGUACCCGGAGCAGCACUGACCCCCCCCAGUACUUCUUCGUGGUUUCGGAGGGUCACACACGUGUGAGAUAAUAAAGCACUUUGGCAGAAGAUUUCCUCUUUUUUUUUUUUUUAAUUUUUUACAACAUUUUUCCUUUUUUUAUUUUUUCCUCCCUUGGAAUAUUGUGAACAUAUUUGUGGCCAUUUAAGGUUUGUGUGAUUUUGCUAAAAUGCAUCACCAACAGCGAAUGGCUGCCUUAGGGACGGACAAAGAACUGAGUGAUUUACUGGAUUUCAGUGCGAUGUUUUCACCUCCUGUGAGCAGUGGCAAAAAUGGACCAACUUCCUUGGCAAGUGGACAUUUUACUGGCUCAAAUGUAGAAGACAGAACUAGCUCAGGGUCCUGGGGGAAUACAGGACAUCCUAGUCCAUCCAGGAACUAUGGAGAUGGGACUCACUACGAUCAUAUGGCGAGCAGAGACCUCGGGUCACACGACAAUCUCUCUCCUCCUUUUGUCAAUUCCAGAAUACAAAGUAAAACAGAAAGGGGCUCGUACUCGUCGUAUGGAAGAGACUCGAAUUUACAGGGUUGCCACCAGCAAAGUCUCCUGGGAGGGGAGAUGGACAUCGGCAACCCCGGGGCGCUCUCCCCCAGCAAGCCGGGCUCCCAGUACUACCAGUACUCCAGCAAUAACCCCCGCCGGAGGCCUCUGCACAGCACCUCCAUGGAAGUACAAACAAAGAAAGUUCGGAAAGUUCCUCCAGGUUUGCCGUCCUCAGUUUAUGCCCCGUCAGCAAGCACUGCCGACUACAAUAGGGAUUCACCAGGUUAUCCAUCCUCAAAACCAGCAGCCAGCACUUUUCCUAGCUCCUUCUUCAUGCAAGAUGGCCAUCACAGCAGCGACCCGUGGAGCUCCUCCAGCGGGAUGAACCAGCCCGGCUACGGGGGCAUGCUGGGCAACUCUUCCCACCUCCCCCAGUCCAGCAGCUACUGCAGCCUGCACCCCCACGACCGCUUGAGCUACCCAUCCCACUCCUCAGCAGACAUCAACUCCAGUCUUCCUCCGAUGUCCACCUUCCACCGCAGCGGCACGAAUCAUUACAGCGCCUCGUCGUGCACGCCGCCGGCCAACGGGACCGACAGCAUCAUGGCAAACAGAGGAAGUGGGGCGGCAGGCAGCUCGCAGACUGGUGAUGCGCUGGGGAAAGCACUUGCCUCUAUCUAUUCUCCAGAUCACACCAACAACAGCUUUUCAUCAAAUCCUUCAACUCCUGUUGGUUCUCCCCCUUCUCUCUCAGCAGGCACAGCUGUUUGGUCUAGAAAUGGAGGUCAAGCGUCAUCAUCUCCCAAUUAUGAAGGUCCCUUACACUCUUUGCAAAGCCGGAUCGAGGACCGCCUGGAGAGGCUGGACGACGCCAUCCACGUGCUGCGCAACCACGCCGUGGGGCCCGCCACCGCCAUGCCGGGCGGCCACGCCGACAUGCACGGCUUGAUAGGGCCCUCGCACAACGGCGCCAUGGCGGGCCUGGGCUCCGGCUACGGCACCGGCCUGCUCUCCGCCAACAGGCACUCGCUCAUGGUCGGCGCCCACCGCGAGGACGGGGUGAGCCUCCGCGGCAGCCACUCGCUCGUGCCAAACCAGGUGCCGGUGCCCCAGCUGCCCGUGCAGUCGGCCACGUCCCCGGACCUGAACCCACCCCAAGACCCCUACAGGGGCAUGCCAGCUGGACUGCAAGGGCAGAGCGUCUCUUCAGGGAGCUCCGAAAUCAAAUCCGACGACGAGGGAGACGAAAACCUCCAGGACACAAAAUCUUCCGAGGACAAGAAACUAGAGGAUGACAAGAAGGAUAUCAAAUCAAUUACUAGGUCAAGAUCUAGCAAUAACGACGACGAGGACCUGACACCCGAGCAGAAAGCCGAGCGAGAAAAGGAGAGGCGGAUGGCCAACAACGCUCGGGAGCGCCUGCGCGUGCGCGACAUCAACGAGGCGUUCAAGGAGUUGGGCCGGAUGGUGCAACUCCACCUGAAGAGCGACAAGCCCCAGACGAAGCUCCUGAUUUUGCACCAGGCUGUGGCUGUCAUCCUCAGCUUAGAGCAGCAAGUCAGAGAAAGAAACCUGAAUCCUAAAGCAGCCUGUCUGAAAAGAAGGGAAGAAGAGAAAGUCUCUUCGGAUCCUCCUCCACUUUCCCUGGCAGGACCCCACCCUGGGAUGGGAGAUGCCUCCAAUCACAUGGGACAGAUGUAAAAAAAAAAAAAAAAAAAGGUCCAAGUUGCCACAUUUCUUCAUUUAAACAAGAGACCACUUCCUUAACAGCUGUAUUAUCUUAAACCCACAUAAACACUUCUCCUUAACCCCUUUUUUGUAAUAUAAGACAAGUCUGAGUAGUUAAGAAUCACAGACGCAAGAGAUUUCAGCAUUCCCGAAUUAUUAAAAACAAGACAAAAAAAAAAAAAACAAAACAAACAAAAAGUGCAACUUGAGGGACGACUCUCUUUAACAUAUCAUUCAGAAUGUCUAACGCAGUAUGUUACGAGCUGUAAGUGCACAGCCUAGAGACUGAAUGGCAAUCUUCUCCACACUGUGGGACAAUGCAUUUGUGCCUAAACUUCUUUUGGAAAAAAAAAAAAAUAUAAUUAAUUUGUAAGUCUGAAAAAAAAAAAAAAAUAUUUAAUUUAAAAAUUGUAAACUUGCAAUAAUGAAAAAGUGUACUUCUGAAGAAAAAAAUGAGCGUUUUUGUUGGUGUGCUAGACAGCUAGUGUUUAUACUUACUGGAUAUUAAAAGGGAAGCUUUGCUGCCCAGAUAUUUACAAAACCAGCAAACGUCCUAAUGAAAACUGAAGUGAUGACAUUAGCCAUUCCUUAGGGUAGGAGGAACAGAUGGAUCUUAUAGACCUAUGACAAAUAUAUAUAUAUAAAUAUAUAUAUAAAUAUAUAUUAAAAAUUUAGUGAAUAUGGUAAGCUUUUGUUCAUUUGUUUCAGACUUUUUUGCUCCUGUAAAAAAAUAGUACUGAUUAACUUUUUUAAAAAGAAGAUUUUACUGUAAAUAAGGAUUUUUUUGUCUUAUUUCUGUCCCUCUCUCCCCUGUUUUUGUUAUUGUAACCUGUAGUGCCAACUCUGUCUCUGGAGGGGUAGUGCAGGAACGAAACGCUGACCCUGACGUUGCUUCUCAUUCAUAACUAAGUAGAGAGUUGUUUCUUCGGUCUUUUUGGGAACACGGGACUGAAACAAAAAAAAAAAAAGUCACGUCGUGCGUAGAUAACGACGGGCAGCGUUACCCAGCCCGGCGAGGCGAGCCGCUCGCAUGGUGACGUUGCUCUGGUUUGACCCUUUUUUCUGGGAUUUUCAGAGGUACAAGGUUAGAAUGCUACAAUGUUACCACUGUGCCUUCCAAUGUUUAUAUCAUCCGAAGCAUAACAUGAAUCAAAGUGGCUGUGAUUUAACGACCCGAUUAAAAGUGUUACCUAUGUGUGUAGCCUAAAUAGUGUGCAGUGAGGCGUUUCUGAAUACAUGGUCAGAUUUCGGGGGGGACGGGGGGCGGUAGGGAGGGAGGGGAAACCAUCCUGGGGGGGGCGGGGGGGAAAACUGCAAGUAGUGUGACAGAUCCGAUUGACUUCUUUGCGUUGUUCUUCUCUCGUUUCGAAGUGGAUUAUUUAAGUGUAGACCACUUGCUGCCUCCUCCUUUCUUUGUAAAAUGCCAAUUUCAGUCAUCAUGCAGCAUUAUACCGAGCCUUAUGAGUCCUAAAGCAUUAAGUUGCACUUUCUCGAGGAGGGGUGGUAGUACAGUAUUUCUCUGGCCAGUAUGAAUGAAGUUUUUACUUAACAUAUUUAAUAGUAACAUAGCUCAAACUAUGGCACAGCAACUCAUCCGAUAACUAGCUUUGAAGUCUGGGCACAAUUGAACCAACUUCCAUAGUGAAUCUUUAAUACUGAUUGACUUUGGUGUACAGUACAAUUAACAGAUAGUGCUCCUAGUUAAGUAUUUGUCAGCAUCCUUUUGUCUCUAAUUCCAGUUUCUAUUUUUACAGCCACACAAACCUGGCAUGUAUUUUAAAUGAAAUCUCCCUGUUCGAGUAGAUUUUCCACCUAUCAACACUGAAUAAAUGCCAUAAAUCCAUCAAACGGUCUAAAUGUUCCAUCUGUUCUCCUGUUUUGCCAGUUAUAGAGUAAUGAAAAAUACAUUUGUAAAUUUUAUGCAACAAAUGGCAAACGUAUCAUUAUUUUGGAAUUGUGUAUGUAAAAGUUAUAUUUUUACAUGUAGACUCUUGUUAUUAUGUGUUUUAAUACAUUGUAUCAGUUUUUGUUUAUAAAAGAAAAAAUCUGUGUGGUUGGAAAAAAAAAAAAAGCAAACACAAAAAGUCUCAUUUAAAUGAAAUAGUGAGAUACGAGAAUCUGAAUUUUAUGUUUGUUUCUGAAGACGUAAAGAACAAAUAUGAUAGCUACCAUGUGAUCACCUUCGCCAUCCCCAUCACCAUUUGGAUCAGCUGUGUGCGUGCUGGAAACCUGUAAAUAUGUUCAGUAGCGAUAAAACGUGCGAAAUGUUUUGAUUUGUCGAUAAGUUUCUCAAAUGUGGAGGUGGAUUAAACCACUAGGGGAAAAAAAAACGAAAAGCAGGAGAGGAGGAUGCACGGAGCUUGGGUUCAGAGUCACAAACGCGUGUCCCGUUGCAAUGCCGGGGGGGGAAGAAAGACGAAUCCCAGCCAACGUUAGCGCUGGCGGCCUCGGCAGGGUGGAGGCUCCCGCGUGGCGCUCGUGCUGUCCCGCUGGAUGGUGGUGAGAGUAAAAUGACGCUGAACAAGCCAUAUUUUUUUUAUUCCAGGAGAUGGCAGACCCGGUGGAGCCCAGCCGGGGUCUGUCCGUAACGGGGUCUUGUAAGGAAGCCGCCAGGAGCCCCUCGAUUCACGG